AUGACGGAGGUAUCAAUGGGUGCGUCUAUAGCUUCUUCAACCACUCUCAGCUCCAGCUCUCUCGCCAGAUCGCUAUCAAAGCUCAAGCCGUGUGGAUUGCUAGUUUUGUGGAUUAGAGUGACAUUUAGAACACUGGUCAAGAAGAGUGAAGAUGUCCAGUUUCAUCUCUUUAUUUCAAGAAGAGUGAAGAUGUCCAGUUUCAUCUUCACUCUCACCCUGCCAGAAGAAAUUGGCCAACAUUCUGUCCCAAGGGAAUAUGGGACAGAAAGUCAACAGCCUAAAGAGUUUGUAGUUCAAUAUCCGGACGAACACAUCAUAUCGGUGGAGGGAAGCUACAAGAAAGUGGGUUUAUAUGCCACGGACGUGAUCACGUCUCUCGUCUUCAAGACCUCAAAGGGUACGUUUGGCCCAAACUUGCUCGGACUUGUGACCGGUACAAAGUUUGGUUUUGAGGAUCAAGGAAAGAAGAUUGGAAGGUGUUAUGGACGGUCGGGUGAUGCUCUCGACGCUCUUGGAGUUUACUUUGUGCAUGACUCUCUCACCACGUCAUUGUCUCCUCUUUACAAGCUGGAUGCUCAAGGCGGUGCAGAGGGACGUGUUUGGGAUGAUGGCUCUUACGAUGCCGUUAAAACCCUGCGCAUCUGUCAAGAUGAUUGUCGUAUUACUUAUUUAGAGUUCGAGUACGACAAAGGUGGGAAGUCAGAGAUAUUUCAACAUGGGGUGAAAGGAGGAACACCAUCCGAGUUUGCGCUUGAUUAUCCGGAUGAAUACAUCAAAACGGUGGAAGCAACCUAUGAUAAGCCAAAACUUUUUCAAAAUACCGUCAUCACUUCGCUUACCUUCCAAACAUCAAAAGGUAGAACAUUAUUCUGUGGGUAUAAAGUGGGUAAGAAGUUUGUUCUUGAGCAAAAGGAUCGUCGACUUGUUGGAUUCCAUGGGAAAGAAGGUGACGCAAUUGAUGCUCUAGGAGCAUAUUUUGCACCUAUUCCUGCUCCAACACCUUUGAUUCCAGCCAAGAAACUACCAUCCGUAGGCGGCAAUGGAGGAGUUACAUGGGAUGAUGGUGUUUACGACGAUGUAAAGAAAAUAUACGUAGGACAAGGUAAUGAUGGUGUAUCAUUUGUCAAGUUUGAGUACAUUAAAGGCACAAGCUUGGUAUCUGGAGAUGAUCAUGGGAAGAUGACAUUACUUGGAGCUGAAGAGUUUGUUCUUGAGAAUGGUGAAUAUAUCACGACCUUGGUAGGCUACUACGAUAAGAUUUUUGGAGUCGAGGAGCCAAUAAUUAUAUCUCUUCAGUUCAAGACGAACAAAAGGGAGUCAAGUCAGUUUGGAAUGGAUUCUGGUGAGAAGUUCACUCUUGGAGAGAAUGGCCAUAAGAUCGUUGGGUUCCAUGGACAAGCUAGUGAUGUCAUCCACAGUGUUGGAGUCACUGUCGUGCCCAUCACCACCGAGUGAA